AUGUCUAAGAAUAAGAGCAGUGAGUCAGUGAAAGUGGUGGUCCGAUGCCGUCCUCCGAGCCGGAAAGAGGAGUCCAACGGGCCUGCAGGGACCAUAGUGCAGAUGGAUCUGCGCCUGGGACAGGUGAUCCUCAAAAACCCUCGUGCUCCACCAAGCGAGCCUCAGAAAACGUUCACGUUCGACGCGGUCUACGACGCAAACUCCAAGCAGCGGGACCUGUACGACGAAAGCGUGCGGCCGCUGAUAGAUUCGGUGCUCGCUGGGUUCAACGGCACCAUCUUUGCUUACGGCCAAACCGGAACCGGAAAGACCUACACCAUGCAGGGAGCGUGGCUGGACCCGGAGAAACGAGGGGUCAUUCCCAAUGCCUUCGACCACAUCUUCACGCACAUAUCCCGCUCCCAGUCCGACAAGCAGUACUUGGUCCGGGCGUCCUACCUGGAGAUCUAUCUAGAGGAGAUCCGGGACCUCCUCGAUCCCAACCACGGCAUCGCCAGGGGCCUGGAGCUCAGAGAGAGUCCAGACACCGGGGUGUACGUUCAGGAUCUGACGUCCUGUGUUUGCAAAAGCAUCAAAGAGAUCGAGGAGGUGAUGAACGUCGGCAAUCAGGCGAGGGCGGUGGGAGCCACGGACAUGAACGAGCACUCGUCCAGGUCCCACGCCUUGUUCCUGAUCACGGUGGAGUGCAGCCAGCCCGGACCAGAUGGGAGGAAGCACAUUCGAGUGGGGCGCCUCAACCUGGUGGACCUGGCAGGCAGCGAGCGGCAAACCAAGACCGGCGUCCAGGGAGAGCGCCUGAAAGAAGCCGCCAAGAUUAACCUCUCUCUGUCGGCCCUGGGGAACGUGAUCUCAGCGUUAGCAGAUGGGCGCAGCGGGCACGUGCCAUACCGGGACUCAAAGCUGACCAGGCUGCUGCAGGACUCUUUGGGCGGGAACGCCAAAACCGUCAUGGUCGCCACGCUGGGCCCGGCCUCCCUGCAUUAUGACGAGACCCUCACCACCCUGCGUUACGCCAACCGGGCCAAGAACAUCCAGAACCAGCCCAGGGUCAACGAAGACCCCAAAGACGCCCUGCUGCGUGAGUUCCAGAUGGAGAUCGCUCGUCUCAGGGCCCAGCUCAACCACAGGAAGUGGAGGAGCAAACAGAAGAAGGAGCCGGUGGACGGCGAGGGCUGGGAGAGAGACGAGAUGGACGGCGAGGAGGACGAGGUGGAGAAGGAGGCGGAGGAGUACGUGAAGCUGGAGGAGCAGCGGCUGGAGAGGGAGAAGGAGGCAAUCAGGGACGAUCAAUACCUUUUGGCGGAGGAGAAGCAAAGGCUGCUGGGAGAGAAGGAGAAAAUGAUGGGGGAUCUGAGGAUGGAGCAGCAAGCUGCCGAGCAACUGACCGCCAAGUACAAGGCGAUGGAGAGCAAACUGCUGGUCGGGGGAAAAAACAUCAUAGAUCACACCAACGAGCAGCAGAAGAUUCUCGAGAUGAAAAGGCAGGAAAUAGCCGAGCAGACGCGCAGUGAGAGGGAGAUGCAGCAAAGGAUGAUGGUCCAGGACGAAGAGACGCUGGAGCUGAGAGACACCUUCACCUCGCUACAGCAGGAGGUCGAAGCCAAGACUAAGAAGCUCAAGAAGCUGUACAACAAGCUCCAGACCAUCAAAGGGGAGAUAAAGGACGUGAACGACGAGCACGUGAGGAACCGGCAGGAGCUGGAGCAAACUCAGAACGAGCUCACCAGAGAGCUCAAGUUCAAGUAUCUGAUCAUAGAGAACUUCAUCCCUCCAGAGGAAAAGAAUAAGAUCAUGAACAGGCUGACCUUUGACCAAGAGGAGGAUCAGUGGAAGUACCAGCCUCUAGUUCCAGCUGAAAGUAAAUCCUCCCAAAUGAAGAAAAGGCCCACCUCUGCUGUCGGGUACAAGCGCCCCAUCAGCCAGUACGCCAGGGUUGCUAUCGCCAUGGGAGCUCAUUCCAGAUACAGGGCAGAGAACAUCAUGUUUCUGGAGCUGGACGUGACUCCUCCCAACACCUCACUGGAUCGCUCGGCGGGGGCAGACCCGAACCAAAGUCCGUCUCUGGACAACUCUCCCACCAAGGAAAAAGGCGUCCGCAAGUCUCGAUCCUGUCCUUCCUCAGUGUCUAAUUGA